UUAGUAUACCUGAUUUUAAUUUGCAAAGGUAAAAAUUCAAGCUGCAGUUUGGUCUGAUAUUGACAAAAAUUAAAAAAAUUUUUUUUAUAAAUAAUGAAUCUCAGAAAUAUUAUGAUGCGAUGCAUCGAUUUAAAAUAUACAAGCAAUGGAACUUGAAUUAGAAACAUUUGCAAGCUCAUUGUGAAUACAUUUAUGACACCGAUAAAGGAAAGUUUUCUAUAAUUGAUUUUAAAAAAAGUUUAUAGUAAUGGAUCUUUAAAACGAUACGAACAGAGCAUGCAUUUCUGGAUUAACAAACCGGCGGGCAGAUAUUACGGUUUCACUGGCCACCGAUGCCCCGCCACACCUUUAUCAAAAACACGCUUUAAUCAAUGUAGAUACAAUGCAGAUAUGAGACAAAUGUUUACACCACUUCAUCGAUUUCAAAAUCUGAAUACUAUGGGAAAUAUAGCUGGUCCUAGUAACAUCAAUAGUUGCAGAAUGCUAAGAACAACAAUAAGAACAAAUAAUGAAAAUCAAAACAAUUUUCCAGUUUCUUCUACUCAACAUUCUCAACUGAACAACAUCUCCAAUAAUGUAACAACUGCAGGAAAUAAUCAAUUGAUAUUAUCAAAUACUACGUCAAAUGGAACAAAUAGAAGUCUUUUAGAUUUUUCGGAAUUUAAUGAUGCAGAACUUGCAAGUUAUAGAUUACGAUGUGGUGUUUGGAUAACAUUUGUACUUGCAGCAGGUUUUGUUGCUGCUGCAAAAUUUUACUUUGGAGACAAGGGUCAAGGUAUAGAAAUAUUUAUAUUUUGGGGGCUAUUAACAUUAUCAUUAUUUGCGUGUUUAUACUCUAUUUUAUAUUGCCGAAAUCAACGUAACAGUCAUGAAGAGCAUCAAAUUCAAGAAGAACAUAUUACAUCUACAACUACAAUGCCCAAUGAAAAUAUUAGACCUAUUUCUGUAGUAAGACAGAAUCCACCACCACCUUACCAUAUUGCUAUUUUGAUUCCACCAAGUAAUUCAUCAGAUGAAGCUCCACCACCAUCUUAUGACAAAGUUAUGCGAUAAAGUAAUAUAAAAAUGUAUAAAAUUUUAUCACUAUUUUUUCAUAUACUACAUUUUGUAAACAUAAAUUGAUGCUCAUAAAAAGUUCAUCUCUAAUUAUAUUAGUAAGUACUUCAUUAUUGAAUUUUUAAUUUGUACAAAUAAAAAACUAAAAAGUUAAUAUUAAUUUUUCUAGGCUAGGUAAACUUUUACAUCUGUGAUACAAAUAUUAAUAUAAUAUCUUGAUAACAACUGUAAUUCAAAUAAAAUAUAGAAUUACUUAUAACAUCCAGGGCAUUAUACAAUAUCUGAAUUAAAAAAUUAGUAUGAUGUCCAUGAUAUUUUAUAUCUAAUGCAAUAUAAUGUGUAUUUUUUUUUUUUAUAAAUAAAUGCUUAUAGUUUAUUUAAGCAAAAGAUAGAUAUA